AUGGCUGCUGUUGUAGCUCCUCCCCUCAAGCAAGAUGGCCAUGCUGUCGAGCCUUUCUUUGCUGAAGAACGGGAGGGUUGGAAAGGCUACAUCGAAUGGGAAAACUACCCCGAGAAAAAGAAGCAAGCCGCCGAGGUUUUGGCCAGGAAUAAGUUCCCUGAACCACCUGAGUUCCAGAUGGGCCCCCUUCCCAAGACCAACCCAGUCCUCAAGGGCGAGCGCUUCAAAGCGUACCACGCCGCCAUGGGCUCCACGCUGAAGGACGUGCCGGACAUCAGCUGGCAAUACGUGCUCCAAGAAAAAUCCCCCGACAUGAUCCACCUCCUUCAAUUCCCCUACAACGGCGAGCCGCCGCGCGACCGCCUCGUCGCCACCGCGCUCACGACCAACGCCGACUUCUUCGUCCGCAACCACGGCGGCGUGCCCGAGAUCGACGCAUCCGCGCACACGCUCGACAUCGACGGCCUCGUCAACAAGCCGCAGCGCCUGACGCUCGCGGACCUGCAGAACGAAGCGCUCUUCCCGCGCGCAUCGAUGACGGUGACGCUGCAGUGCUCGGGCACGCGGCGCAUCGAGCAGAUCGCAGAGUACCCGGGCGACGGCGACGAGCUGAUCAACGCGCCGUGGGGCGAGGGCGCCAUCGGCACCGCGCGCUGGACCGGCGUGUCCCUCAAGAAGGUCAUCAAGCACUGCGGCGGGCUGAAGGACAAGGCGCUCGACAACCACCUCGAGUUCUUCGGCGCCGACACCUACUUCAAGAAGGGCGAGGUGUAUAAUUACGGCGUCAGCGUCCCCUGGCGCAAGGUCAAGGCCGACGAGGUGCUGCUGGCCUGGGAGAUGAACGGCAAGCCGCUGCCGCGCAUGCACGGCUUCCCGCUUCGCGUUGUGGUGGCCGGGUAUAUCGGCGCGCGGAGUUGCAAGUGGUUGUACCGGAUCCGGGCGAUUGAGGGACCCAGUGAGGCCCCCGUGCAGAAGAAGGAGUAUCUGUAUUAUGGCGCGCAGACGGGCAAGCAGAACGCCGUCUACAGCAACGGCUUCAGCAUCCAGGACAUGCCCGUCAGCUCCGCCAUCAUGGUGCCGCGCGAUAAGGAGGUCAUCGUGCAUGACGGCCGCGUCGGGCUCAGGGGCUGGGCGUAUUCCGGCGGCGGCCACUGGCCCAUCAGGGUCGAGGUCAGCUUGGAUGGCGGCAGCGUGUGGUGGCAGGUGCCCUGGGAGGGCUUGAGCGAGAAGUACUUCCAUGCCUGGAGGGUUUGGAGCGUCGAACUGCCGCUUGAGGCCGAGGGCUGGCUGGAGUUGUGUGUCAGGUGCUGGGAUAACGCUUUGAAUACCCAGCCGACUUUCGUGAGGAGUGCAUGGAACUGGGAUCUCCAUGUGACAUCUUCUUGCCACCGGAUCAAGAUCUACAGCAUCAACAAAUCCAGGCCGGAUACUGCCAAGCGGCUGAAACUUCUUGAGAAGAGGGGCAUUCCCGUUACUCCCAUCACACGGCCGCUGGAGUUUGACCUGGAGAGUGAGGAAGAGUACCGGGCGAACAUGAAAGCUCAGGGUGGGAGAGAUCCCAAGGAGUGA